GGAGCCAGACAUGGGGUUCGAUCUCAGGACUCUGGGCCGAAGGCAGAGGCUUAACUGACUGGGCCACCCAGGCGCCCCACAUUUUACAUAUGUUGACUAGUUUAAUUCUCAUAAGAAUCUUAAGAAGGUACUUUUACUUCCCCUGUUUUGCAGAUGGAGACACUAAGGCACGGCGACGUUCGGUAACCUUAGAACACACAGCUACUACAGGGCAGAGUGGAAUUUAAACCCAGGCGGUCAGGCUCCAGAGUCUGUGUACAUACAAUUAUACUGUAUAUUGCAUUUAGGAAGUCCGCUCUCUAAAGGAAUGUCACAUCGUGUCCUUAAACGAGAUAGGUCAUCUCCCCUUCUCUGUGGCUCACAUGCAUCUAUUUUGUGUAUCUGAUUUUUCAAGCUCUUAGUUUGUUUAACCUUAAAAUUGUGAUGCUUUUUUUAAAAAGUUGGUAAAAUAUACAUAAUAUUCACCAUUUAAAAGUAUGUAAUUUUUAUGUUUAUUAUUUUCUUACAAGAGGAGAAACAUUUGCAAUGUAGCAAACUUUAGACACAUACUGAAUUAAAUUAUCCCACUACAGUUCCAGGGAGCACAGUUUAGGAAAUAGUGUGCUAAUUUUUUGUUUUUUUAAAGAAAUAAAAAGUUGAGUUGAUUUUAACAGAAGUAAUUUUCAAGAAAACAAAGUAACUUUAGUUCAUUCACAUUGGAUUUCUGAUCCGCAUAAGUGCAACUAGCGCCACUCUCCCCGCACCUCCGCAGGCAGCACCCCGGAAGCUCCCGUUUGAACCGUGCUGCGGUGCGUGGUUCUGGGAUGCCACACACACGUUACUGUGCACCGGGUGCUGGCUGGGGCUUGGCUGCAGGAGUGCCACUGCACUAGGACACCGAGCUCUGCCGGUCAGAGGGGUCCCCGUACCGUACCUCGGAGAGCUACACACAGUCAGCUUCCCCCCAGGCUGAUGGGACAGGGGACGGGAAGAUUUCUGGGAAUAAAGAGCACCUUCCGGCAACGACUGAUGUGUCAGGGCCAGAGGUCAGGGGAGGGGUCCACAGCACUUAGACUCAUUGCCCCUGAGGGUGACAGAGAACAAGGGGUAUUUAUAUGUUUCCAACUCUCCCUGUCAACAGGUCGGCCCAGGCCGGAGGGGUGGGAGUGGGGCGAUUAGAAGAAGAAACCACCCCUUUGAGUUAGGGUAGGGUCUUGGCUGUGUCACCGUGUCACCGUGUCACCUUUGGGAAGCCGUUCCUCCUCUGGAGGCCAAGGGCGGAGGAGCGGAUGAGGAACACCGCCUGGGUUCAGCACUAUGUAUCUGCUCUGUGAGGUCUCUGACGGUUUGGCUCUGGGUCUCUGGGUCGCAGGUGAACGGACUGGGGGGCAGGGUCUGAGAAAAGUGGUCCAGCCCUCAGCUCCCCUUAGAGGCGAGGAAGGGCGACUGCAGGACCAUGCACCGGUGGGGGCACCCAAGAGGGGAUGUCCCACCGGCCAGGUCCUUCUCUCUCCUCCUGCCCCGGAGUGCCUGCUCGGGACGGCGUGUCCUUGGCCCUGUGCCUGCUUGUGAUGGCAGGGAGGCCUCCAGGGCAGGCGCCGGACUUCACGCUCGAGCUGCCAGUUACCAGCUGAGGUCUUGAACAAGGCCCUUCACAUCUCCCAUCCUCAGUGUAUGCAUCUGAAAACUGGGGCAACGUCUCCUAGCCCUCAGGCGUGGGAAAUUCAAAGGCUCCUUUCGGAGAAAGCCCUCUGCAGGCCCCAGGGUUAUCUGAGGAAGGUGCCUGCUUCCAGUCCUUGUGUUCCUGCCCUGCAGGCAGGCCCUAUCCACGCAGUGUAGGGUCCCAGACCCAGCUCGCUUUAGCCCAUGUUCUCAUUCCUGCUUCCUGGUGACUCGACACCCCCAUUCCCACUCUGCGAUUCCCCCCGGGGGCCUGAGUCUCUCCCCUCCCCCAGGGAUGAGAAGCCAAGCAUGAGACACUGGCGGCCCCAGGGGCACUGACACCAGGGACCAGGUCAGGUCCAUUUUUUAUCACUGUUUUUCGGAUCGAAGUCUGGAAUGUUGUCUCAAGAAUUUUGAGGGGCAUCUGGGUGGCUUAAUCGGUGAAGCAUCUGCCUUUUGAGUCUCCGCCUAAUCUAGAGUUCCCGUGGGCAGGCCAGAGGUCGGAGAGCUCAGAGGCCACAACCCCCUGGAGACAAAGACCCUCACCACGGGCCAGGCCCUGCUCAGCAGCAAGGAUACACAGAUCGGCUUUGUGUUGUAUUGGGGAAACCAGGGUGGUGAUCAAAGUCAGUGUGGGCUUUUGGAGGAGCAUAGAGAUAGGGCACCUAACCUGACUUUGUGGAUGAACGCGUUCCAGGGAAGUGGAAAAGGGAGCAGAUGCCUUCCUGGAGAAGACAUCCCAGUGCGUCUAAAGGGUGAGCCAGAUGUAGGACAAAGGAGCGGAGUAUCUGGUAGGACAUAGCUUGAAUAGGGCGUGGGGGUGAGGAGCCAUAGAUAAUACUGUAGAAACGUGAUUAUAUGCAAGACACGGAAAUCAGAAAACGAGGCUGCGAAAAUCAAGAUGCGCCAGAUCUUUUCACCGGAACCACACCACCAGUACUUUGCAUAGUGUUGCUCUCCUCUUACAAAUCAGGAAUCAGAGGCUCAGAGAGGUUAAGUAACUUGCCCAAGUCACAGAGCUCCCCACCGGUGGAUUAGAGACGGGAGGCCCAGUUUGCUGCGGUCAGCUGGGCAGGGUCUGAGACACCUGUUCUUGGGCUUCAUGGUCCCUCUUUCAAACUCUCCUCUUUGAGCAGAGGGCUUUCUGUGGCUUUCUGGUUGCAGAUGGGCAGCCUGCCCCUUUGAGUAUUUUCAGGUGUGCAUCUGCUACAGACCGAGGGGAAGGGAACAACCACAGUGGAAGGUGGGUUUCACCUUCCGGCUUCCAGCCCUGCUGCAACCCCACUUAGAACGCUAGAAGGGAAGGCCAGUAGCCAAAAGAUCUACUCUCCAACAGGCCUUUCUUUCCCCUUCUGUGGGUGUGGCUCAAGGAAGCCCACCGGAACCAGCUUCCACCAUAGCUGGGACAGGGCAUGUGCCUGGUUCUGCCUAGCACUGCUGAUGGGUGUUCCCACCAGAGACCCAGAUGCAUGGGGUCUGAAGCCUGCGUUCCAGAAGCUCUGUCCCUUCAUGUCAGGUUCAAUCCACCUCAGGGCUCCUGUCAGCCCAUGCUGGGGCUAGAUCCAUGACCUGGAUUUGGCCCAAAGUGGACAAGCACAUUCUACUUAGUAGUUGGUUUUUCAGAAACUUCUCAGCCUAGACCUUAUUUCAGGAUUUCCGCCCCCUCCUUCAAAUUGAGUUCUGAGCCCCCCCUAUGAGCUCCAGGCCCCCUCCGGAGCACAGGUGGGCCCUUCAGAGAGCUCCCUGUGGUUUCUCCUGAAAGCCAAGGGCCAGUUUCUAUCUGUCAAAUCGGGAGGGAGGACUCCCAGGGUCCGACCUCACUGCGCACCUGUGGCCCAGACCUGUGUCAGGGGUGUCGAUGUCGUCUGCUGGGAUCGUCAAAUCAUCCUGACCAACAGACUUUGCUAUCCGUAUACGACAGGCGAGCACCGCGAAAAGCCACAGAUUUGGAACAGUGACAGUCAGAGUAGGCGGAGGUCUGGAUGCGGACCCGGGUCUGACGUGCCUGCCUCCACAGCCGGUGCCGCACACCUGGGGAGCAGGCGGGAGAGAGAAUGGACCUUUACCGUAGCGGGUCUUCGGACGCCCAAGCCUGAUCCCAGAAUCCCGGAGGGGGAGACGCGGACAUCCGUGGUUUUCAGGGCUCCCCGGGUGAUUCCAGCGCUGAGUCCCUGCUCCUUUCACAGCGCGAUCCCGGCCUCGAAACCAAAAAUCAAAACCGAGCGGUGGUGCUCCCUCCCCUGCGCUCACCCGCACGGUGGGCCGAGCCGGGCUGGGGUCGCCCUCGCUCGCGGCUCAGGUGCGGCGCCCGCGGCCCAGGUGCGGCGCUGCGGCCGGAAGCGGCCCCCGCGGUCUGCUGCGCGCGGGGCGGUUGCGCCACGCGCUCCGCUUUCGUAACAGCGCCCCGGGCCGGCGGGGGACGCUCCAGCGCGAGUUCCUCCAGUGUCGUCCUGCGCUGCCGGGACGGUCGGCGACUCCGAGUCUUGCGCCAGUGGGAAGUCGCGCUGACACGGAGCCCGGGCCGAGGGAGCUGGGGCACUCGCCGUGCGCCGUACGCAGGCUCCCGGGAACAGGGAUUGCCCUCGGGGCCUGAGCCCGCUCGCCGCCCGCCCCGCCCCGCCGCGCGGCCCUGGCCCGCCCGCCGCCCUGGGACCUCCGGGCCUCGGCCGUGGAGGAAGCAUGCUGGCCUUGCGCUGUGCGCUGCUGACAGCCCUGCUGGCCGCGCCGGGGGCCGCCCUGGCCCCAGGGGGCUGUCCCGCGCCCGAGGUGGUGAGCGGUACGGUGACCAGCCUGCCCGGGGCCAGUGUGACCCUGACCUGCCCGGGCGGGGAGCCGGGGGACAAGGCCACCAUUCACUGGCUGCUGGAGAACUAUGUGGCAGGCUCACACCGGAGCAGCUGGGCUGCCACGGGAAGGAGGCUGCUUCUGAGGUCGGUGCAGCUCAGUGACUCCGGAAACUAUUCAUGUUACCAGGACGGCCGCCUGGCCGGAACCGUGCGUUUGCUGGUGGACGUGCCCCCUGAGGAGCCCCAGCUCGCCUGCUUCCGGAAGAGUCCGCUCAGCAAGGUAGCUUGUGAGUGGGGUCCUCGUCGCCCACCCUCCCCGACGACCAGGGCCACGUUACUGGUGAGGAAGUUCCGGAGCGGCCCGCUGGCGGACGCCCAGGAGCCGUGCCCGUAUUCCCAGGGGCCCCGGAAGUUCUCCUGCUUGCUGGAGGUCCCGGAGGGGGACAACUCCUUGUAUGUCGUGUCCCUGUGCGUCAGCAACAGCGCUGGGAGCAAGUCCAGCAAACCCCACACGUUUGAGGGCUACGGAAUCUUGCAGCCUGACCCGCCUGCCAACGUCACUGUCACUGCUGUGGACGGAAACCCCCGCUGGCUCAGUGUCACCUGGAAAGACCCCCCCUCCUGGAACUCCUAUUUCUACAGGCUGCAGUUUGAGCUCCGUUACCGGGCUGAACGGUCACAGACAUUCACCACGUGGAUGGUCCAGGAGCUCCAGCACCACUGCAUCAUCUACGAUGCCUGGAGAGGCAUGCAGCACGUGGUGCAGCUCCGGGCACGGGAGGAGUUUGGGCACGGCUCCUGGAGCUCGUGGAGCCAGGAGGCCACGGGCACCCCCUGGACAGAAUCCAGGAGCCCUGCAGCUGAGAGUGAGGCAUCGUCCUCCACACAGGCACUGACUACUAACAAGGACAAUGAAAGUAAUCUCUCUAAAAAUCCUGCAAAUGCAACCAGCCUCCCAGUGCAAGACUCUUCUUCGGUGCCGCUGCCCGCCUUCCUGGUGGCCGGAGGAAGCCUGGCCUUUGGGACCCUCCUGUGCAUCGGCAUCGUCCUGAGGUUCAAGAAGACGUGGAAGCUGCACACGCUGAAGGAGGGCAAGGCGAGUGUGCACCCGCCGUACUCGCUGGGACAGCGGGUCCCCGAGAGGCCCAAGCCCACCCCGGUGCUGGUGCCCCUCAUGUCCCUGCCGGUGUCCCCCAGCAGCCUUGGGUCUGACAGCACCUUGAGGCAUGGCCGACCGGAUGCCAGGGGCCCACAGAGCCCUUACGACAUCAGCAACAGAGACUACUUCUUCCCCAGAUAGUGGGGGGCGGGGUGCCAGGCCCUCCGAGCCUCGUGAGUGACGAAGCACAAACUAGCUCAUCUCAGCUGCCGGGGCCUCAUGGAAGGUGCUUCACUUCCCGAAACAGGGUUGCUGCCUCCGUUCUGAAGGAAGAGGUGGUUGAGUCUUGGAACCACCCUUUCCCAAGUGCCUAAAGGGGUCGACCCCCCGGAGGAGGCAGGUCACCAUCGUGCUGGCCACUCAGGUGGACGAGCCGCCGGCCACCCACGCACCCAGACUCCUCUGCGCGAGUGGCAGCCUGCGCCAGAUGGGACCGAUUUCCAGCCAAGACUCCCCGGGCAUCUCCUGGCCUGCCGAGCAGCUCCGCCUUCCAGCCUCAGUUCUUGGAGCCAGAAUGCCUUUGCAAUUCAGCUUUUCCAGGCCUGAGGAUGGGAGAAGCACCUGCCUUUCUUCCCCAUACCUGAAAAUAGCACAGCGAGUCGCCUAGUAUCUCAGGGCCUGGUGGUUUGAAAUGGAAUUGUAAUUAGUUCCUCAUUAGCAUUUUGCUAAAUGUGAAUGGCGAUCCCAGGCACUUGCUGAAUCCAGAGCAGGUGCACUGGCUCGACUUCCCUCUUUGGAUCCCAGGACUUCAGGAGGAGAGAAGCAGAGGAGAGAGGGGAGGGUCGUGAGGAGACAGGCCUCCGUGUCCUCCCUAGGGGCGGCACUGCCCGGGGACCCGGACUCUGGAAGCCAGCUUCCCUGUCCCCCCUCCCCCCCUUACGAGGAGGACUGGCAGGCUUCUGCCUUGGGGGGGAGGGUCGCAACUGCUGUUCUUCUACUUUGUUUUCAGCUGAGCCUGAGAAACAAGGGAAGAUAAUGUUUAUGUGAAAAGACAAAGAACCCGGCAGGAAUGUAUUUUAACUUGUUUUUCUUAAAAAACCCCAAAACUGCUGUUUUAUCUUCGAGGCUGGGAGAGCCAGUAUUCGCUGAGUGUCAGUAUAUGAAUAACUUGGGGAAAAAGCAUAAUAACCUUGUUUAGCACAAAACUGAGUCAAGUGAAAAAGGAGGAGAAAAGAUAAUUUUCCUUUUAGAGCAGAGAGUCUGAUUUCAUUCUACAUCUUGUUUUUGUCUUAAAAAGUGAGAACAUAGUCUCUCCUUUAACCGGGGGAAAGCAGCUGUUCACCCUGCCAGGCCGCGGCGGCGGAGAGGGUGUCCGGCCCCCACCCCCGAGCCCUCGGUUGUGGGAGGGGUCUCCCUACAAAGUCCCCCACCUUGGGGUCUUCUUAGUUCCUCGAUUUGAUUCAGCUCAGCUAGGAUCAGAGCACCCACUGACUGUAGCCGCGUGGCCGCACCAGCACCCUCGUGGUGAGUCCGGGCUUUGAUGAUUCAGGGAUGCGUGUGGUCACCCAAACAAGGGCCCUCGAGCAGCAUGGGGUGUCCCAGAAUGAAGCUGUGGUUACAGGCAGCCUCGUAACCACCGCUGAACAUUUACCAGACCACAGAUUUUUCUAGUAGCUUGCUUUUUUAGACAAAUGACCACCAGCACCAGACAGGUGGCGAGAGGAAGAAAAUGACCGUGUUUCCUUACUGGUUGCCAGGUUCAGGCCACGCUGCCUGAGUCUGUAAAUCUCAGGCCCUGUUGCUGCUCUAGGCAACUAGUCUUCAGUUGACCAAAGUUAGGCGGGUGUUUUUUGUUGUUGUUUUUCUCUAAAGUUUCUUUGAGAACAGCAAAAAUGCUGUUAAAGGGAAAUAUGCAAAACAAGAAUGUGCAUGAGAAAGGUCUUUACCUCUUGGCGAGGUUGGGUUUUACUGGAGCUGAGAUGGUGGAAGAUGGACCGGCAGAUAGCAGACAGCGUCUGGCUGCUGAGAGCCGUGCUUUGAUCUCCAAACUGUUAUUGCUUUCAUUAUUAUUGUAAUGAAACUGCCUUUUUUUUUUUUUUUUUUUUGUAUUGGAGAGGGUUUUUUCCCCUCUAUUUCUACAUAAGCUAGAGAAUGAAGGAAGAGCGUUUUCCUCUGGGUCGCAGGCUGUGCUCCGGGAGCCUCUGUGCACCCGCUGAGCUCUGUGCUCAAAUCCCUGGGCGGUGAGCGCGCCCCUUCCCGUGGUCACCGCCCCUGGGUCCUGCAGGGUGCCUGUUGCCUGUCCUCCUCGACAGAUGUUACCUACCUGACCUGUAGCACAGCCAGACCCGGGAGGACAGCUCCCCUUGCUGGGUGGGAAAAGCUGAAAAUAUGCUGGUUCAAGGUCUAAAUGUGCUCAGUAAUUCUUGUAGCAUUAAUGAAAACUUUUUUGAAAUGUCAAGGGGGUAGCAUUGAAUGGACCUGCAAAGCCUUCGGUGACCCAGAGAGCUCUUUGCUCUGACGAGGCCUUGCCCAGGGGCGGGCACCUUGAUAAGGUGUCAGGAGCCCACCUGGUGGUGAGCAGAGCCGUGUGGGGCAGGCUGGGCCUGGUCAUGGUUUCUGGGCUUCCUGCAGAACGUUCAGGAUUGUCUUGCCUCCUCAGAGGUACUGAAGUUUGACCCACUUGGGGAAGAGUCUGUCCUUCAGUUUCAGGUGGAGUUGGUGAGAAACAGGUCUUCAUCUGGAGAAGCAGGGACGACGGGGGGCCCUUCAGAGGCCACGCCGGCUUUCUCACGUGGCAGGCGGCAGUGGGGCUGUUGUUGGGAGGCAGGCCAGCUGGUUCGGCGUCUGUCCCCCACGUGUCCCCUGCGGCACUCCAGCAUCGCGUCCUCCGUGUGGCCUGGUGGCAGAGCCGGGGAGUUUCUAUGACAACCUUACUGAUUAUUAAAGAACGCUGUCGUUUUUAUGAACAUGUGCUCAGAUGAAGGUCUGCUGUAGAAAGAGGACUGGAACAGUGCGUAGCAAGGCUGUGAAUUAGCAGAGACACCAUGUUUGGAUGGGGAUCACACACCUGUUAAAUACAAUACCUCAGCUUUUUUUUUUUUUUGGAGAAAAAUAAGUUUUAAUUUUUGUUUUUUUUGUUUGUUUUUUUUUUACCUAAUUACCUGAAAGCAAAUACCAAAGGCUGAUGUCUGUAUAUGGGGCAAAGGGUCAGUAUAAUGUUUUUCAGUAUUUUUCUUUUUAUCAGCUAUUUUCCAUUUAAAGUGAAA